CGUGUGGCUCAGCCCGCUCGGGGGCCUCGGGCACGAGGCCCUGAAGCACUUCCUCGACUCCGCCAAGGGCAAGUUCGAGGCCGUGGUCGCGUUCCGGCCCACGGGCUGGUCCUGGGCGCCCAGGGCCAUGGCGCGGGGCAGCGACGGGUGCCGGGUCUGGGCCGAGAACGACGGCAGGACGCGGGUGUACGCGGCGGUGCGGCCUCGCCGGCUCACGCCGACGGUGAACUCGGAGACGCGCGCGGGCCGGGAGCGGAUGAUGCGGCCCUUCCUGGGCGUGGUGGACCUGCAGGCGGACCGCGAGCGGAUGGACCACUACCUCCAGGGUACCCAGGCCAAGGACGGCGGCGAGGGCCUCGCGGAGUUC